GCAUGUACCUGUGUCUGUAUCAGUACCUGUAUCUCAACUGCCACCAAAACGUAUCAUCCAAGUGCACAGACUAAAUAUUAAGAAGGAUUUGAUUGACUUAUUCCGAGAUCCAUUAAUUAUGAGUCAGGACAUAGAGAUAAUUGUUAUUGAUGCUGUGGGAGUUGAAGAAGUGGGCAGAGGUGUUGGGUUGCUUAGAGAUGUUUUCUCUCUUUUUUGGAAAGAAACAUACGAUUCCCUUUUUGUUGGAGAAAAUGAGCGCGUACCAUUUGUAAGACAUGACUAUCAAAGGGAUGAAUGGGUUGCUGUUGGCAGAAUUUUGGUGAAAGGACAUUUAACCUGUCAAUACCUACCAGUCCUUCUGUCUCAAACGUUCCUUGCUUGUCUCUUUUGGGGGGAGUCUGCAGUAACUAGUGCUAUGCUGACUCAAUCCUUUAGAAAUUACAUUUCAGUAGAUGAAAAAUGUUUGAUUGACAAGUGCCUCGCUGGUGACAUGAAGUGGGAUGAUGAAGAUGAAAUGUCCCAGCUUUUAGAAGUUUUUAGUAACUAUGACUGUCGAAUUAUGGUAAAUUCCGAGAAUGUUAGUCAAGUUAUUGAAGAAAUAGCCCAUAAGGAGCUGCUGCAGAAGCCACAGUAUAUUACAGACUGCUGGAAGGAUAUAGUUUCUACACUUCUUCCUAGUUUUCCUGAUUUUGCAGCAAUUUCCAAAAGGUAUGAAUUGUUAAUACCAUCCACAAGCAAAAUCCUUAGUUGCCUAGAGGCAAACCCUGAGAGUGAUGGGGAAAGGGAUAGCCUUAAGUUUCUCAAACGGUAUAUUAAGGGCCUUGACACGCCUCAGAAAUUAUCAAAGUUUGUAAGGUUCAUCAGUGGGUCUGAGUUAAUGCUUUUUGAUACAAUCCAAGUAAAUUUUACCAACUUAUCUGGUUUGGGUCGCCGACCAAUUGCCCACACUUGUAAUACUGUAUUGGAGCUAUCCUCGACUUAUCAGUCAUUUCCUGAACUUAGAGAGGAGUUCAGUGCAAUACUUGCAUCAGAUUAUUGGGAAAUGGAUAUUGUGUAAUAUGCCUUGUGACUUAAAGAAGACCAUUGUGAUGGCAAAUGCAAGCUGAUUUAAAACAGACUGAUAAUAUCAUUUUUGUAGUGAAAUUGUGUUUUCUGCCUUGGAUAGGUAUUUUCGGUUUUAAAACAUUUAACAACUGUGCACAAAUUAUUUUCAGGUAAAUCAUACUGGGAAAUUGUUAGCUAAUGGCUGAUUGUAGUAUCAAGCUUGUUAUCUGUUCAAGUUGACAUUUUCAAGUUAGUUGAAUGCUGGGAACACCUGUUUUAAAGAUUGUUACCACCAAAACGGCCUUAUCUCAGCAAAGUUUCUUAUACGUUGAACUGAUUCCUAAGGAUGUCCAUGCAUCUCAAAUAUUGAGUUCUACCAUGUUCACCAUCGUCAUUCAAAGGGUGACAGGAGACUUCCAAGAUAUGCAGUUGUUGUGGUGUCAGCCGAACAUCAACAACUGGUAUUGAGACCUGGUAAUCGUCGUCGUCUACUGGUCUUCCUGCACUUGUUAGUUUAGUGGUAGGACAAGCGAAUGAAUUUGAUAUCUUUGCUUCAACGGAAUUUCUUUCCUCGUACUUUGUAAUUGCACGUAAAACAAAGCGUACUUUUGUCAAAACAGCUUCUAUUAUUGUCUUGAAAUCUUGAAGGACAGAGUCCUCACUUUGCCAUACACUAUGCAACAGCAACUGUAAAGUUAAAAUUGCAUCUUCCAGACGCACGUUAGCUUGUUCAAAGUAAUCAACGGAGACAUCGUAUGUGUUCAAGUUCUGAAUACUAAUCAACAGGGUACGAAGAGACUCUACGAAGUUGUAAAGGCCUCUCUCGUUGCCAUCUCUUAAAGUUUCAUCCGCCAUUUUGCUUUUGAAAUUGC